AUGAACGUUAAAUGCAGUGCUAUCGUGUUGCCGCUAUUUCUAGUGGCUACAAUUUUUCAUUUUGGAUAUGGAUUGAUUACAAAAGUGCAAUGCAGUACAUCAGGUAAAGGAACUUGCAUGGAACCUUACUGCUCAUUCUCAAAAAGUGAAAAAAAUAGUUCAGUUGUGGUGGCUAGUUAUGGAUGCAAAGAUAUAAGAAAGCCAUUGAUGAAAAUAAAUGUUCACCUCAAAGUCUACAUGAAGACAUCAUCACAAUACUAUCAAAUUGGCUACUUUCCGAAAUUUGACUACUGCCAAUACAUCACGACAUUUGAUAAAGAGAACUUUCUAUACACUGGAGUGAAAUUAUUAAAGAAGAAAAUGCCAGAAGUUGUGCACGAGUGUCCAUAUCAAGAUAACGAUUUACAAGUAAAUAAUUUAACGCUUACUGACAGUGAUUUUAAGCACAUACCGGCUGGAAAAUACAAAGUUGUUUGCACAUUCUCGGACGAUGUGGAUAAUAAAAUAUUAAAAAUGACGACUCAUUACCAUAUAACAUGA